AUGGUAUCAUUGGAUUGCAAGAGGGUAGCAGAAGAGUGGCCUGGACUACCUAAAGGCGUAAAGUUUGAUCCAUCUGAUCAAGAAAUAAUAUGGCACUUACUUGCAAAAGUUGGUGCAGGACAUUCAAAACCUCACCCUUUCAUUGAUGAAUUUAUUACUACUCUUGAAGUGGAUGAUGGGAUUUGUUAUACUCAUCCUCAAUAUUUACCAGGUGUCAAGCAAGAUGGAAGGGCUUCCCACUUUUUCCACGGAACAAUCAAGGCUUAUAAUACUGGCAGUCGAAAGCAUCGAAAAAUAUAUGAUCAGGGUUUUGGUGAUGUCCCCUGGCAUAGGACGGACAGGACUAAACCUGUCAGCUUGAAUGGAGUUCAAAAGGGUUGUAAAAAGAUUAUCGUCCUGUAUGUAAGCCUGGUGAGUGGAGGAAAAUCUGAGAAAACUAAUUGGGUUAUGUAUCAAUAUCAUCUAGGAACAGGAGAGGAUGAAAAGUAUGGACUACCAAAGCAUCCUCAGAUGGAUUGUCUAGCUGACAUUCAGGCUGAUUAUGAAGAUCUUGUAAAAGAUGAUCUAUCGAUUGUAGAAACUCAAAAGAAUGAAGGGAUAGACAACGUAGAAAAUAAUACUGAUGAAUACUUAAAAUGGUGGGAUAGUGGGUCACAGAAUCUGUUGAGUUCACAACUUGUUGAAGCAUUUCUGUGUGAUGAUCUCCUUCAAAGUCAGUCUCCCAACAGGGAUGAGGAAAAUGGACAUGACGAACGACCCAGUCUUUCUGUUUACGCCCACCUAGGACCCGAGCAUCUCAAGAAAGAUAUUGAAGAGUGCCAAAAUUUUGUCCUUGACACUGCAAAUGUAGAGCCCAAGACACCAUCUUCAGAGUUUCAACUAAGUCAGCUGGAAUUCAGUUCACAGGACAGCUUUAUUUCCUGA